AUGCCCUCCGCGAAACUAGCCUUGAAGUUUGCUGUUCGAGUCACUCGAAAACAAUUCAAAAGUCCAUGUAUUACAGAAGAAGGUGUGACUCCAAGUAUUAAUUUGCAUAAAACAAACUUAGAUGUUGAAACGUGGGCAUUCGAUGUGAGAAGCGUUAUGCGUCUGCGGGGCAGAAAAACUUAG